AUGUCUGGAUACAAAACUUCAGGUGGAAAUGCCGCCUUCCACAAUUUCGUCAAUGAUUUUGCUGAUGUUGAUGACCCAAUUGAAAGAAGACGUCUUGCUUUGGCAAAGAUCGAUAACGCCAAGUUUGGAUGGUAUCACGUUAGAGCAAUUUGUGUUGCUGGUGUUGGUUUCAUGACUGAUGCUUAUGAUAUUUUCUCCAUUAACUUGGGUGUUCCAAUGAUUACACAGGCUUUCUACAGUGGAUCGAUUCCAUCUUCUACGGAAACUUUACUUAAGGUUUCUACAUCUGUUGGUACUGUUCUUGGUCAACUUGGUUUCGGUUGGCUUGCCGAUGUUUUGGGACGUAAGAAGAUUUACGGUGUUGAGUUGAUUAUCAUGAUUUGUGCUACCAUUUUGCAAUGUACUACUGGCCAUUCUCCAGGUAUUAAUUUUGCUGGGCUGUUGACAUUCUACAGAAUCAUCAUGGGUAUUGGUAUCGGUGGUGAUUAUCCAUUGUCUUCUAUCAUCACUUCUGAGUUCUCUACCACCAAGUGGAGAGGUGCUAUCAUGGGUGCUGUGUUUGCCAACCAAGGUUGGGGUCAGUUGCUUGCUGGUAUUGUUGCAAUUGUUGUUGUUGCCGGUUACAAGAGUGAUCUUAUUGAUGCUACUUCGUCUUCAAAAUGUGACGCUGCUUGUGUCAAGGCAUGUGACCAGAUGUGGAGAAUCCUUAUUGGUUUUGGUGCAGUCCCAGGUUUGAUUGCUCUUUAUUUCAGACUGACUAUUCCAGAAUCUCCAAGAUAUACUUUCGAUGUUUCCAGGGAGGUUGAGAAGGCUACUGCCGAUGCUGCCAAGUUUACUGCUGGUAAGCACGGUAAUGCAGAUGAGGGAGAUAUUAAUGUUUUGAAGGCUACUGCAUCUGCUUCUCCAGAGGAGUAUAACCCACCAGCUGCAAGUUGGAAGGACUUCUGGGGACAUUUCGGUCAAUGGAGAUAUGGAAAGAUUUUGCUUGGUACUGCUGGUUCCUGGUUCACACUUGAUGUUGCAUAUUACGGUCUUGGUUUGAACACUGCUUCCAUUUUGAAGACUAUCGGUUUUGCUUCGUCAAAGAACGUUUAUUACUCUUUGUACAAUCAGGCUGCCGGUAACUUGAUUCUUAUUUGUGCUGGUUCUAUUCCUGGUUACUGGGCUUCUGUUGCUACUAUGGACUUUGUCGGAAGAAAGCCAAUUCAAUUGGGUGGAUUCAUCAUUAUGACUGCUUUGUUCUGUAUCAUUGGCUUUGCAUACCACAAGCUUGGGGAUCAUGCUCUUUUGGCUCUCUAUGUCUUGUGUCAGUUCUUCCAGAACUUUGGACCUAACAUGACCACUUUCGUCAUUCCUGGUGAAUGCUUCCCAACUAGAUACAGAUCUACUGCUCAUGGUAUGUCUGCUGCUGCCGGUAAGGUCGGUGCUAUUAUUGCUCAGACUUGUAUUGGUACUUUGCAGAACCACAACUGUGCUAGAGAUGGUAAACCAAAGAACUGUUGGUUGCCUCAUGUCAUGGAAAUCUUUGCUCUUUUCAUGUUGCUUGGUUGCGUGUGCACCAUUUUCGUUCCAGAGACUAAGAGAAAGACUUUGGAAGAAUUGUCUGCUGAGUUGCACGAUGAGGUUGAUAUCAGUCAGCAGCAUGUUAAGACCAGCUCCUCAGAUGAUGAUGAGAAGGUUUAA